UUGUCUAGGUUUUACUUUUCAUUUCGACACCUGUAUGACUGGAGCAAAGACUGACUACGACAAUGGAUUCGAACAAUAACAACAACACUGGAGGAGUAAUCUCUUACAUCGGAUCAUGUGGAGGGUCUCCUAACCGCACCAGCCCAGUAUCCAUGUACAGCGAGAAUUCCAACAGCAGUCUGCAAUCAUUUACACAGCCGUGCUUCGGGUCAUCUUUCCCAUCUUCACCUAAUGGUUCCCAUGAUUCUUCACGUAUGUACACCAGCAGCAGUAGCUCCAGCAGUUCAGCAUGUGGUGAAGACGGGAGCUCUUCAAGUUCAGGAGGAUCCCCAAGGGGGCGUGAUGAAAGCAACAUCACAUACAACUCACCAAACAAAUCAGUUGCUACUCUUACAAAGCUAAAUGGAAUGGUUUUACUCUGCAAAGUCUGUGGAGAUGUGGCAUCAGGCUUUCAUUAUGGUGUCCAUGCCUGUGAAGGCUGCAAGGGGUUCUUCCGUCGGAGCAUCCAGCAGAACAUCCAGUACAAAAAGUGCCUGAAGAAUGAAACCUGUACUAUUAUGAGGAUCAACCGCAAUCGGUGUCAGCAGUGCCGUUUCAAGAAGUGUUUGUCUGUUGGCAUGUCUCGUGAUGCUGUCCGUUUUGGUCGCAUCCCGAAACGUGAAAAACAGCGCAUGCUAGCUGAGAUGCAGAGCGCCAUGAAUAACAUGGUGAACAACCAGCUACAGAAUGAAUUCCAACUGGCUAGUCUCAAGACCAGCACCUCAUUCUCUUCAUCAUCCUCAUCUUCCUCAUCUCCCUGCCCAGGUCUGACAGUGGCUUCUCAGCCCCAGCCUUCUGCUGUGCCUCUAGCUCCUUCCCCUUCUCCACCAGCUCCAGCAUCGCCUACUGCUCAAACUGCUCAGAGCCCUCCUCGGAUUGCCACCUCACCACCACUGUGCCCUAGUCCUGGCCUGGACAGUACCAUCACUGCCAUUACCAAAGCUCAUCGUGAGACCUUUGUCUAUGCUCACGAUAAGCUAAGUGCAGCACUACAGCCCCAAAAUGGGGUUGAUCUGGAUGGCCACAACAGUAAUUACUUUGCAUCUGGCUACAAUAUGAAUGGCCACAAUUCAAUAUAUCAGUCUAAUGCAGCUCUACAGUGCAGUGGCUUCAAUCCUGAUAACCAACAACACCUUCAAUCCUCACCAGUCUCCAACCAGCAACAUCAGAGGCUGCCACACCAAAACAAUGGGCAACACAUCCCAAACAGCAGCUGGUAUGGAGCUCAGCAGGGUAACGAGAACAGCAACAAUAUCCCGGUGCAAAGCUGCCCAUGGAAGAACCGCAAGGACAUUUUGCUGGCUUGUCCAAUGAACAUGCAUCCUCAGGCAGAUCCUAACAAGACACCACAAGAGAUUUGGGAAGAUUUCUCCCUGAGCUUCACACCAGCUGUGCGUGAGGUGGUGGAGUUUGCCAAGCAUAUCCCAGGUUUCAGCUCUCUAUCCCAGAACGAUCAGAUCACCUUGCUGAAAGCUGGCACCUUUGAGGUGCUGAUGGUACGUUUUGCAUCCUUGUUUAAUGUCAUGGAGAAGACCGUCACAUUUAUUUCUGGCACCACCUACAGCCUAGAAGCUUUGAAGAGCAUGGGAAUGGGAGCCCUGUUGGGAACCAUGUUUGACUUUAGUGAGAAACUCAGUGCACUUGAGCUCUCCGCAGAGGAGCUGGGUCUUUUUACUGCUGUGGUGCUGGUUUCUACAGAUCGCGCUGGUUUAGAAAAUGUAAAGUCGGUGGAGAUGCUCCAGGACAGCCUGAUUAAAGCCCUACGUACAUUGGUCAGCAAGAGCGCCCCUGGUGAUGUCUCUCGUUUCACCAAGCUGCUGCUCAAACUUCCAGAUCUGCGCACCCUUAACAACAUGCACUCUGAGAAGCUUCUCUCCUUCCGCAUUGAUGCAUGAGAAGCCUUUGGCAGCUGUUACUACAAGCCAGCUGAGUCUAUGGGAGUGGAUUCUGGAGGGUUUAACUGAAGGCUUUACAGAUUUACCAUUGCUGCUCCACCAGCAUAUGCUUGGCUCUGAUGGUGCUCAAAAACUUUAACAAUGAUUACCGGUUUGAAGGGACACACAAGCACUAAGUGCAUCAGAACGGUGACAUGACUAUAUUUUUUUCCCAAGUUUCUCUGUAUCACAUCAAAUUUAAAUCGAGGUACUGUGACCAAUGACCUUGACAUUUUAAAUUCUUAAACUGAAGGACACAAUAUGGCAUGGACUCAAAGGCCCAAUGUACACCUUGCAUUAACAUGAAAUCGACUGGUAACAUUGCCACAUCACAGCUCCAGCGUCCCCAGUUCGAUCCAGCGCUCAGUUUACUGUCUGUAUAGAGUUUUACAUGUUCUCCCAAUGUCCAUGUGGGUUUCAAACACGCUGGCAGGAUCACUGACUCUUCUAAAUUCCCCCUAGGUGUGAAUGUGUGUGUGUGUGUGUGUGUACAUGGUACCCUGCAAUAGACUGACAUCCUACCCAGGGAGUAUUCCCACCUCAUGCCCAGCAUGGGCUCUGGAUCCACUGACCAGGAUAAAGCAGUUAUUGAAGAUGAAGGAAUUAACAUGCAGUUUGCAUUUGAUUUCACUCUUGUAUUUAUCCCUGAUAUUUAUAUACAUAGGAGGGUUAAAUGAUUAUGCCAGGUUCUUAGCUGUUUAAAAAAAAAAUUAUGCAUCGUAGUACUUUUCUUCCUAAUACCAGCCUGAUGCAAACACACUGUAUAGACCGUUUACACCUACCUGACAUCUGAUUACGGUGAGAGCCAGGCUCUGGAUCUCUGGUGGUGGCAUGGCUGAUCCACAUGUUAAUGCAAGGGAUAAAUAGAGCCAAAGCUUCAAGCAAUCUUGGACCUCCAGUCUGCUGGAGUUCAGUCCAUGGGAAUCAUAACCAGAGAGCUGAGAUGAAUAAGGAUAAAGGCAGACAGAACAGUACUUUAUUAUUGCAGUCUGAAUUGGGUUCCUCAAAGACGCUACAAUACACAUCACAUCCCACAUUUAAAGAAUGGACCCGAUCAGUAUUGCAAAGGAAAAAACAAGUCAUGUGAGGGAUCUUAUCCCACCUCUGUUUAAUUCCCUGACACUUUGUAAAAAUGUAUAAAUAUAAAUCUAUACUUACUUGAAAUGUUCCAAAAUGUAUAUAUUCUAUACAUAAAUAUAUUUUUUUGUAAAGUGUAAUUGCUCAGUGAAAAACUAUAUAUGACAAAUGUAUAAGAUGUCCAGUGUAGUCAGAUCUCAUUUACAGUAUAAAUACUUACUCUUAAACAUG